UUUUCCAUCUACAAAUAUGAAAGAUCAGGUAGAUUAUAACGUAAAUGAUUAUAUUUCACUCACAAAGAUCUGGCAAGAAGAUCCUACAGCCUAUCUUAGUCGAUAUUAUUCCUUAUUUUAUAAAACUUCUAAUGAGCCCUUAAACCGAGCCAGUAUCUAUGUCCGUCAAACACCAAGUAAAGUGUGUGUAUUAGGCAUUUCAGAUGUGUCGUUGAUGAAUGAUGUUGAUCAAGUUCGCCUGUAUACUAAUCACAUUGGUAAUAAAGUGAAAUCAGAUACGAUUCUUUGUGAUUUAAUCAACAAAGAUGGACAAGUUAUCAGUCACGUUCGAGCAGAGAUGGAAGGAAAGUUAUUAGAAUUGAAUAAACGGUUUGAAGAAAAGGAGAGCUGUCAAUCUCUAUUAAAAGAUGGACAUCAUAUGGAUAUUGGGUUUAUUGCAAUUAUUUUACCAAAGACAGAAGAUACGAAAAUCCAAUUAAAAGACUUUCAAACCGAAGAAGAAUACAAUAUUGAAAAAGAAAAACAAAAGGCCUAAUAAGGAUAAAGUCAUGUGGUAGUUGGUGAUAUUCCCGAUUUUGUGUGAUAUCAAGUGCUGUAUUUACUACUAUUGUGUGUAUAUAUUAUUAUUAUUACUAUUUUCUCUUUUUUUUUUUUUUUUUUCUUUU